GUUGUAACGUCAUUAAAUAUGAGCCGUUUUAUAAACGUGGUUGAAAGUUUUUAACUUAAAUAUGCUUUCAUUAAGUUAAAACAACAACUAUGCAGUUGUUUUAAACUCAAUUUGUAGCUUACACUGGGAAUUUGUAGUUGUAGACCAGCAAUGCAGGCAGCACUCAUACGUCUAUUUUAAGAAGACAACCUCUGGAUAUGACCCUGAGCAUGCGCACUGAACUUCUUUGGUCGACCAUGGCGAAGCCUGCAACGUGUCCUGUUAAACCGCUGCAUGGUCUUGGCAACUGUGCUGCAGCCCAGUUUCAACGUGUUGGCAAACUUUUAGCCUACGCCAUCUUUAGAAAGUAUGUCAGCCCAAAUCAGGCUGAGGCUGCUGCCCAGCGCCAGGUGUUUAUUCGACGAGCCCAUUCAGGUGAAGGUGGCCGGACUGAGGUCCAAGCAGUUGGUCACUUUGAGAGCCAGAUCCACUGACGAGAGAGGAGUGUUGUUUAAUUCCUCGGCCAGCUACAGGGCCGAUGGCAGAGGGGAGAUUGACCUGAACAGAGACCCCUCGCUCAGUGGAAACUACGUUGGUGUUGACCCCAUGGGUCUGCUCAGGUCGCUGAAGGCAGAUGACUUGCACAAAUACUUUUAUAAGAAUAAAGCGUUAGAACCUUUCAUGGUGAAUUUCUCUGUGCACGAGGAGGAGGGCAGGAUGCUGGCAGAGGCGACCAAUGAGAGGCUUCUGAUGGGUGACGGGGUCAGGCGAGUUCCUGUCAAAGAGGGCAAUGUUCAAGGAGUCCUCUUUACUCCUCCAGGGGAGGGUCCGUUUCCUGCUGUUUUGGAUCUGUGCACCUUCAUGUCAGAGAAAAGAGCCUCUCUGCUGGCAAACAAAGGCUUUGUAGUUCUUGCUUUACCCGUUUUCAUUCACAAACCCAAUCUAGAAAGGAUGAACCUGGAUGACUUUGAAGAAGCGCUGCAGUUCUUGCAAAGCCAGCCUAAGGUGAGCAGUAAAGGAGUUGGAGUAAUAUCCCGAUCAAAGGGGGGCGACAUUGCUCUUUCACUUGCUGCUUUUGUGCCAGGAGUUGAAGCUGUGGUGUGGAUUAACGGCUGCAGCGCCAACAUCGGCAUUCCCCUCUACUAUAAGGAGCGGGAGAUCCUCUCACCGCUGAUGUUUAACUUCGGUAAGGUGGUUCCCACUGAGUCUGGAGCUAACAUCAUCAAGUACGCUGUUAAUAACCCACUAGCUGAGGAGAACAAGGGUAGUGUUGUUCCCAUUGAACAAGCUGAUGGACAUUUUCUCUUUGUGGCCUCUGAGGAUGACCUCAACUGGGACAGCAAGGGCUACCUGGAUGACAUGGUGGGUCGACUGAAGCAUCAUGGGAAGAAGAACUUUGAGAACAUAACUUACCCUGCAGCUGGACAUUUACUGGAGCCACCUUAUGGGCCACACUGCCCCUCUGCUUUACAUGGAAUGCUCAGGUUUCCAGUGGUGUGGGGUGGAGAGCCUCGAGCUCACGCUGCAGCUGAGCUCCACCUGUGGCAGAAGAUCCAGGAUUUCUUAAGAACUCACCUGAGCAACAAUGCAGCACAGACUACAUCCAAAUUAUAGUAUUAAAUCAGUGGUCUCCAGAGCCAGCCUUUAGGGCUCGGUGUCCUGCAUGUUCUAGAUGUUCUCUGAAUCAAAUAUAUAGCUAACUAAUCUUCCUCAGCAGAGGUUGGUGACUUGCUGAAGAGGAAAUUCAGCCAUUUGAAUGAGCAAAGCACAUCUAAAACCUGCAGGGCACUGGCCCUUGCUGACUGGAAGUCAACAUCCCUGACCUAAAUGACUAAUGAAAAGAUUAAAAGAAAUUAACAUUAGGACAUAAAUAACUCUUUUAUGAUGUUUGUAGAGGUUUUACAUUGAAAGAACAGUUGUUGUGUUUUUACUGUGAUUAAAUGUGUUUUAAAGUGAGAAUAUUAUAGUAAUUCCUCGAUAUAUCUGAAUUAAAAAAGAUCUGACUUAAAAUUGUAGGUCUUUAUUAUAACACUUGUAAACAAGCCCUAAUUGUGUUGAAUGGUGGUAGCCAUAGCAUCUCAUUUUAUUCUGAUUCACUUUUUCACAACUCCUAAAACCACCUUUCAUCACAGCAUCUAAAAUCUGUUUACCAAAAAUAACCUAAAUGUGAAGUUCUUUGUUGAAAAAAUAAAGUGCAUUCAAACUUA